AUGCUGCCAUCGCUACUACGUGUUUGGCCCAGAGCCACGGCCGGGAUCCCUCAAACUUAUCCAAAUUUGAUCUUGCAUCAGUUCCGCAAUACAAGAUCAGCGACCUACCAACCUACAAGAUCACAGCAUUCACUUACUGCGAGUGGAAAACCACGAAAAGAAGUGACCCUCCCAAGUCAAACUGAACCAUCCGGUGUCGCUCAAUAUGCCCUGACAACCCUCGAUCAAGUCGCCAACUGGGCACGACAGAGCUCGCUAUACCCGAUGACCUUCGGCCUUGCUUGCUGCGCAGUGGAGAUGAUGCACAUUGCCGGACCACGCUAUGAUGUCGAUCGACUGGGACUUCUUUUUCGGGCCUCACCCAGACAGUCGGAUCUUAUGAUCGUCGCCGGCACCGUGACGAACAAAAUGGCCCCAGCACUUCGGCAGGUAUACGAUCAGAUGCCCGAGCCACGAUAUGUGAUCAGUAUGGGCAGCUGUGCCAAUGGGGGUGGGUACUAUCACUACAGUUACUCUGUCGUUAGAGGGUGUGAUCGAAUCGUUCCUGUGGAUGUCUAUGUCCCUGGGUGCCCACCAACCUCGGAAGCUCUGAUCUAUGGAAUCUUCUGCAUCCAACGAAAGAUUCGGAAGACCCAGACGACGCGAAUGUGGUACAGAAAAUGA